AGUAUUACGGUACUGUGUCGUCACUUCCGUAAAACCAGAGCUAGCCUUGUUUAUCUUUUCUUAUGGUACCAAUUAACUUGUGCUUGAUGAUAUCUGCCUUUUUAAAGCCAAAUGGAAAAAGCUACAACAUGAAGCAGCCGGCGGGCGAACGUCGGCCUGUUACCGUUAUUCAGCGACCUCUCCCGGGACGGUUUCUCUGCUCUCGUCGCUGUAAAGUGUAGACGUCGUUUUCCUGAGUUUGAGUACUUUGUCAUCAUGUUGAGCGGCGUCGCUUUGCGCUCUCAGAUCGCCUCCGUCAUCGAUGCCUUGGCCAAAGCAGCCGUGGCGGAACUCUCCAAAGUUGUGGAGGAAGGUGUGGUGGUGCUGCGGCUGGAGAUGUGCCAGCGGGAGGACGAGAUCAAGCGGCUGAAGAGCACCGUCGAUGUCCUGCAUAACGAGCUGAGAGCAGCUCGGUACGCGGUGACCCUGCGCCCGGACCACCACCGCGGCAGAGACGAAARCCAGAGUGAAGUUGCAGAUGAGAGGAACCUCAUCGUCCCGCCUGAAGCUGAGGUGAAGGUGAAACGUGAACACGUGGAGGAGAGAGGUGAAGAACCCAGARGACUAAAGGACCAGGCAGGAGAGGGGUCUCUGUAUGAAGGGGGACCAUGGAGGUCUGCAACACAGAAAGAGAGCGGCUGCAGCAACUCCAGCUUCCUAACKUUAGCACAGAACUCCCUGUCGUGCCUCUCUGAGUCCCCUCUGGAUGGAGGGUUUCAGCAGAGCCCGUUCAGCCGUGGCCUGUUGGCUCACAGCCAGUACAGGAACACGGUCCGGAGGAGGACGGCGAAGAGGCUGAUGUUCAAGAAACGGUUCGUCUGUCCGUACUGCGGCAAAAGCUUCGAGCGUGCCGGGCAUCUCGAGAGGCACAAGAGGAUUCACACGGGCGAGAAACCGUACCGCUGCGAGGUCUGCGCCCGGCGCUUCAAUCAGAAAUGCAGCCUGAAGGAGCACAUGAAGCUUCACAGAAGAUAUAUGCAGUUACGACCAGAAGARGUCCAGAUGGGCCAACAAAUCCCAAAUCUGGAGAUGAACCCGUGUCCGGACCGCCCCGAGGAAACCGGCCCAACCGAGACUGAGAACCGAACGCGGACCGAGGAGAUCCUGCCGACCUGCGUUCAGGUAAAAUCCGAGCCUGCCGAGGAAAACGUAACGCAGCCUCAGCUUCACGAGGAGAACAAGCAGACGCUCAAUAAAACUGACGGCCUCGGGGAAAACUUCCCGUCGUUUGAGGGCGACGGCCAAAUGUGGGCGUCUGGAUUGCAGAUGAAUCCAGAGCUGAGCAGCUCAGAUCUCCUCAGCAGCUCGUCGCAGAACAUGUCUUCCUUCCCUGCCAUCGCUCAGUUGCUCCAACAGCCAGUGGAAGCUUCCUGCAGCAGCUUCCCGUUCCAAGGAAAACCCUAYGGAGAGCUGAAAAACAGCACGGCUUCCUCAGGCUCCCUCAUCGUAUCAAACAAUCCAGGUUUACACGGAGUCCCARAGACCCCGGCGGACCACCUCCGCCAGAGGGGGUGCGGCUCCAUCCGGGUCCUGAAGCCCAAGAAGUGCUUCAUCUGCUCGUACUGCGGGAAGAUCUUCGAGCGAGCCGGACACCUGGAGCGACACCUUCGGAUUCACACCGGAGAGAAGCCGUACGGCUGCCACGUCUGCGGGAGGUGUUUCAAUCAGAAGAGCAGCCUCAAAGGUCACAUGAAGACUCACAGGAACGGUGAAACCACAGACGCGCUGGAGGCUCAUCACCUGAUGUUCACAGGGCCUGAUAAUCAGCUCCUGGAGAACUUUGUAGAACCCAGUAAUGGCCCGGCGGCUGCAGRGGAACAGUUUCCUGGACCUGCGUUCGCCAACGGUCUCCGAGAGGAGCCGACGGUGAAGCUGGAGCMCACGGCCGAGGACUUCCUCUCUGCGAGUCAGAUGAGAAUGAAUAACAGCACAGAGAAAAGCCAGAUGUGGACGUCUGCAGCAGAGGAAAGCACAGAACCCCCCGAUCCGACCAUCUGCGUGCUUUUACAAGAUGUGAAGUAUCGCCUGGGUUCACCCGCAGAGGGAGCCGAUGAGUCACAGAUGAACGACCUGACCUGCCCAGACAAGGAGACGUACUCAGUCAUGGCCGUGGAGCCCAGGAGCUCAGAUGUGGCUGACGCUCUGAAGCUAACCGAUGCACAGGAAGUGGUUGUGGGGGAUUUCUGCUCAGCGAGCGACAGAAUCCACCGGGAUGAAGCGUUUGAUUUUAACGCRGCAGCUUCGGGCAGCUUUCAGGACGCCAGCAGACAGAGCAGUUACAUUUGCUCCAACUGUGGGCGGAGCUUCGACUCGUUCGGUACGUUUCAGGAGCACCGGUGUGAAAAAACCCCUGAGCCGGCGUUGGGCUGCGAGAUCUGCGGGAAAACCUUUAACCAGAUGAGCAUCCUGAAACUGCACCUCAAACUACACGUCAAAAUACAUUUUGGAACGAAGCUCCCCUCGAAACCGCAUCCUCUCGUUGCCUAUGAGGGAAUAUUUACGAACAUGGCGACGUGUAUUCCCUUCCAGAGCCAGCUGUCCUCAAUAAUGGAGGUCCUGGUGAAGGCAGCGGUGGCAGAGAUCUCCAAACUAGUCGAUGACAAAUGUGCGAUUUUACACCUGGAAAUCUCCAGAAAACAGAGCGAGAACGAGGUGCUGAAGAGAAAACUGCUGCUGAUGGAGAAGGAAAACGCUCAGCUGCAGAGAGGACUGGGAGAGAUGCUCAGUUCAGAAAACUACAUGGAUCGAGGAACUGAUGUAGGAAGCAACAACUUGCAUCCCACAAGAAAUAUAAAGUUUCCUGAGAUUCAAGACGCCAGCGCCUCUUUUACAAUUAAAGAAGAAAGUGAGGAGUUGUGGAUCAGUGAUUCUGCCGGUGCUGUUGGUAGCGCUGUCCAGUACCCUGGUUCUGAUAACGAUCCAGAGAACCGUCAGUUAACCCAAACAGAGGUCAUGAGACAAAAGCCGUCAGAGUUUGGGGACUCGUAUAACUCUGGUCCACAUUCAGUGGACAUGGGUGGUCUUCCGUUCCCCGUGAAGGCAGAGAAAGAGGAGGGCCGAGUGUCCUUCAGGCCGGACGGAUGUCGGCACGGCGCGGGGAAGCAGGCUCAGAUCGCAGCGGAGUAUCCCGUGGACGAACGAGAGAAUCAGCUCUGGUCGUCGUUUAUCGAAGGGAACGACAUCGACGCGGGCUUUCCUGACUUCUCCAGCGUGGUCGAGGAGUACUCCAGCUCCUUCUCCGAGCACUCGGACGCCACGAACGCGGCCUCCAAUGCCAACAGGUCGCCCUGCGCCCAGCAGUGCAACGGGAUUUACAGCGGCGAGUACCAGAAGGAGCCGCUGCUGUCGGACUUUCAGCCCCGCCCUCAAACCGCGCUGUUGCAGCAAGACGAGAAGGAGCAAAUAUUCCCGCAGAGGAGCGCGUCCCGCUCCGCUCAGCCCGACGUGGAGUUGGUCACCGAGGACAGGCCGGGCGCGACCGAGUCGCAUUUCUACCCCCACAAAGCCCUGUCCGCCGUCAGCCGGGGCUACGCCUGCUCCCAGUGCGGCAAGUCCUUCAGCCGCCUGCACCAGUUCAAGCUGCACCAGCAGAGCCACAGGAGGAAGCGGGCCUUCUGGUGCACGGUGUGCGGGAAGAGCUUCCAGUGCUCGUCCCACCUCAGCAUCCACCACCGCACGCACACGGGCGAGAAGCCGUACGGCUGCGCACAGUGCGGGAAGAGGUUCACGCAGCAGAGCAGCCUGAGGGUCCACCAGCGCACGCACAGCGGGGAGCGACCCUACAGCUGCUCUCAGUGCGGGAAAACCUUCAUCCUCAUGCACCAUCUGAAGCGACACAGGAUCAUCCACACGUACAGCUGAGGCGGAGACGCCUGCAAACUGAAAGCAUUGAAACCAAAUCGAAAAACAAACUGCAGCUCUUUAAAAACUUUGUAUAUUAAUGCAUAUUUUACUAUGCAAAAUCCAUCUGGGAUGGGUUUGAAGUCGUGUGCUUCUUUUUAAAAACUUACUAGAUGAUCAAAAUGUGAAAUUGAUUCAUUCAUUCUGUCAACAUUUUCCAAAGCUAGAAACCCCCAAAAAACAAACAAACAAACAAACAAACAAACAAGGUGUGGACCAUCAAACAGAAACUGAAACUACCACCUGGUUUAUUCACAAGUCGACUUUUGUUCAGAUUCCCUCUCAGGUUCACGUUUUAAUGUCGGAAAAACGCACCAAACCUUUUGUUUUUUUCAGGAAAGUCUUGAUCAGAUUUUAAAUUUUGGGACUGAGUUUAAAGCACAGCGACGCACCGUUAGAGACGGAUUAAGGACUCAAUCAGGAGGGAGGCCAAUCUGUUGAGCUUGUGGCUAAAUCAGUUUUUUUUUCUAAAAAUAAUGAUAAAAUCUCUUCAUGCCUUUUUCCUUUUGGACCCAGGAUCUGGUCACAUACGGUACAGCCUGCCUAAAAUUACUCUCUGRUACCAUUUCUAUGAAAAACAAAAGCUUUUUUUUUUAUAUUGAAGGAUAAAGGUGAUGUCAUCAUGUUUAUUGUUUGUACCAUUUAUGUUUUGAGUCAGUAGUUUUAAGUUUUAGGUACAAAUUAUUCAGAUUAUUUAUGUUUUUGUUUAUUUUUAUGAUGAAUUCAAAUCACAAAUGGAAUCUGUUUGGUUUCGGCUCGGCUGCAUGUUUCAGGCAUGAAGCUAAAGCAGCAGCAGAGGGCAGCGUGGCUCCUUUAGCUUCUUACAGCACAGGAGGGCCAGGCUGCAGCUUUCAACAGGGAGUUUCACACUUUCAAUUUUAACUUUUUUAUGACGAGUAAAAACGACAGCUUCCUCCUUUUUAGGCACAACUCUGCUGCGGAGAUGUUGGUGUUCAGACAGCACAACUUUGUUCAGAACGGUCACUGAAUGAAUUGUUAAAAAUUUAUUGAUGGUUUCUGGAAAACAAACCCUAAACUGUAGAAAUCACCUGUUUGUUUGUCACCCUCRUGUGUCGGAGUAAUUACUGUCAGGUUUGAUUUUAGUUAGAUUACUUAGACCUAAUAACCUGAUAAGUUUUUGCCAUUGCAAAGGGAAAUUAAAUUUAUGUUGCAAAGUCAUUCCCAUAAAAAUACAUGACCACAAACAAAAAGGCUAAUUGAAUGUCAGUUUUGAGGGGCUUCAGGGUUAAAAUGGAGUCCAGAUAUGUUUUGUUUUUUUAUGCCAGAGCUUUGACAUCCAUGCAUUUUCAAAUUAAAAGCCUUGGUUGAAUUUUUUAA